CUUGAGAGCAACUCGGCCAUUUCAUCAUCCUUUGUCAGCUCAGACUCAGAUUCUUCUGCAACUCAUCCUCCACUUGCCAUUGCCAACCUUACAAGAGAGAGUCACUCCUCCAUUGCCAUGCCCUGUGCUAGCUUAGGGCUUGGAGAGAGCGUGUGCCGGUACUGUCAGUGAGCGAGAGUCUGAGAGAGAUGAGCAGCCAUGAGAGGUUCAGGCUGUCCCAUCUGAUGCCCAACUCCUGGUUCUACAAGCUGAGGGACAUGAAGAGGCCCGGGGCGAGAGCGAGCCAGAGGAACGCCAUUGCAGCAGCUGCAAGAAGCUCCAGGAGAUCGUCGUCGUCGUCGAGCAGCAGCCACCACCACCACCACUACUACUACCUCCAUGGACAUGGAACCGCCACGCCCAAGCCUCUCCCGCUGUCGCCGCAGCGAUCCUACUACCCGUACCUGCUGCAGCCGAAGCCCAUGCAGCAGCACGACAGGCAGUUUCACAUCGUCUCCAGGUCUCCUCUCUACCAAAGAAGCCCCGCCGCCGCUGCCGGAGGCGAGGACGACGACGACGACGACGAGUUUCAGUACCUGCAGCUGCGUCCGAUCCGCACCAGGCCGCCGGCGUUGGCGUCGUCGGCCGAGUCCACGUGCCCGAGCUCGCCGAGGCUGAGGAGCAGGAGGCUGCACGUCCUCGGCGGCGGCCGCGACCGCGAGUGCAACGCCGGCGCCGCUAGCACCAGUAGUGGCCGCCGGAGGAGGAGCGGCGGCGGCGGCGGCUUCGCCGUGGUGAAGGCGUCGGCGGAGCCGGCCAGGGACUUCCGGGAGAGCAUGGUGGAGAUGGUGGCGGAGAACGGCAUGCGCGCGCCGGAGGACCUGCUGGAGCUCCUCGAGCGCUACCUGUCGCUCAACGCGCGGGAGCACCAUGGGGUGAUCAUGGAGGUGUUCAGGGGCAUCUGCAUCGAGGUUGCCGACUCCGAUUGCGUUGAGGUGUGAAGCUGCUACUACCGAUGAUUUCUGUAUAGCUGGAUUGAUCGAUGGAGCUGUAAAUCCAUAUGCAUAUGCGGUGCCGUUAAUUUGGGUGUUAAUGGCAUACGAUGGUUUGUGCUGUUCAUGAAUCAAGUAUAUGUAACUCAAUUUUCUUGUUACAUCGUACCCCCUCCUUGUAUAUACUACUCCCUCCAA